AUAGACAGGCAACACGUCGGACGUGGUUGACGACAGGCCCUCAGAUUGUUGGCUCACAAAAACUUGAAUCUAAAUAAUGGAAAAUAAACACUUUAAAAAGACCGGCUUCAAAAUAGGAUAGUUAAAAAUAUUUUCCCUUUUGUAUGCGCCAGCAACUGAUAUGUUUGAAGUCGGUGCCAAACCCAAUUUUGAGAAGGCAGGAGGUCCAUAGCCAAGAGGUCUGACUGCUAGGUAUAUCUGAGUAUCUGACUAAUCAAACAAAGCAGCGAGUCGCUCGGACUGGCCUGCGUAAAGGAUCAACUUUCUUUCAAUAUAUUGAGUCGACUUAAUUUCCUCCCAGUCUCCAGUUCUCCGCGGCCCUUUGCGCUCGCGUCGUUUUUCAUACGUACGUAUUUAUGUAGACCAGUUUGUCUACACUUAUAGGUUCAACUUACUCACUAACUUCAGUUUGAGGAACAUCAGUUUAAGAAAACGCCAUGGACGAACUUAUAAUUGAAACUAGAAAUGAUAAUCAAGAAAGCGAAAAAUUUAAGAAUAAAGAGCCUAUUGUACUUGUACCGAUUAUAUGUCUGUCGUUGUUGCAAGGAAUUUCAUCCACUGUUGAUUUGAACACAAUACUUUUUGCUCGUGGAAAAGGUGACUAUUCUUGGAAAGCACUUGAAUAUUAUGGAAUAUUAAAUACAAUAGGUUUAAUACCAGGACUACUCCUAGUACCGUUCAUGAUAGACGUCCACGGACGCAAGCCUGCCUUCACACUGCUAUUUUUUCUCAGCCUGCUGUAUUUCAUUAUAAAUUACUUUCCAUAUCAACAGCCAUUGUCUGUAGUAGGCAAUCUUAUUGUAGCCAUAAUUAAGGGAGGAGUUAGGAUAAUAACCACUUUAGCUAUCUGUGAAUACUGUGGCCCGAAACAUAGGUUCGCUUACCUUGUUGCCGAUGAGACUGUAAAAAAUUUAAGUGCUAAAGUAACAAAUAUAUUAUAUACUACAGGAGUUUUUAAUGUAGCAUUACCAUACGUGUCAUCGGGUGCAGCUGUGAUAGCACUGACGUGCAUGGUAUCGGUGUACUGGUGGCCGGAAUCUCCAUACUGGUUGGCUAGCCAAGGGCGAGUAGAGCAAAGUAGAGCCUCGCUGCUGAGUCUGCGAGCGGAAAGCGAAACUCUUCUGUCUCUCUCUUCUUGUCGCAAUUCUCUCUGUCACAGUAGCGAAGUGUUCUUCUUCGGCAAAAUCAAUCUUAAUCACUUUAGACAAUGAUAAUGAAUCUGUAGAGCGCCAGUUUUCACACAAUACUUACAUAGCAUUAUUUAUUACAUUAUGUGGUAACAUAGCUAUUUCGCUUCUAUUAGUUCUAAUGUCGUAUAAAAUGAAGCGUAAGGUCGUUUAUCUUAUCGCUUCAGUUAUACCUUUGCUUCUAGUUUUAAUUUUAUCUGUUUGGGUUCAUAAAGCACAAACAAAUAAUAACGCCUUUGCAUUUCACGUGACAGUCUUGAUUUGUAACUGCUUUAUUGAUUGCGGUCCAUUUAGUCUCAGUCUCGCAUUAUGUAUUGAGGUCAUACCUCAAAAAUACUACACGUACAUUUCGUGCGUUUGUUCCCUCUACUUUUACCUUUCAGCCCUUUAUUUCCCUUUACUGUCUUUACAGUAUCGUUAUAGUUUUCCUUUAUAUAUUUCAUUGUACUUAUUUACCAGUCUGGCGCUAGUGGCGAUGAUGCUAAUACACUGGUUGUCACCAGAAACACGAGGCAUAAACUUAUUAAAAAUAGAAAAUAAAUACUUCCAUCGACAUAUUUCGAGAUUAUAAUUUAAAUACUGUAUAGUAUUCAGAAGCAUUUUAUUUAACAUGUCACUUCGGUACCGCGAAAUAUUUUUUUUCUAGGGGGUAAAUUUGCAUGUAUAAUUUGUUUCAUGAAUCGUCAAUACGAUUCAUGAAACCAAUUAUACAUGCAAUACAAAUGUAAAGACAGACGUGCUCAAGGCGAACUUUCGUCAGGAAGUGGUCUAAAUGCAUAUUCUAAGUCAUAAUUUUAGAGAAAACGCGUUUCGUCCAGCACAUGUUAACUGACAAUUUAUAAAUCCUAUACAUAAGUCUGCCAAUGGGAGUUAAAGAACUGCGACAGUUGACUGCUGCUAAAGUGGAGUUCAAUAGAAAAGACAAAUAAUGUGAACAAAUAUGACAGAUUUUGUUAGAAUUUGACGUAUAACCUAAAAGUUUUGCGAUGGAUGUGUUAAUUGAAAUAUUAAUAAUUAAUAUAAUUUUUACUCGACAUAAAUAAAAGUAGUACAUACACUGUUGAUAAAAUCAUGGUUGUCCACAAAAAGUGCAAAAUUAGUACGAAGAAAUGAAGGAAAAGUGGUUUGUUUACAUUAUUUGUAUUUUAUAUUGGACUCCACUUUACGUUAGUUUACUAGCACCUCUAUACCAAUUACGUUUAGGUUCAUUACUGUAAUAUGGAAGAGCGAGGUGUCCUGACACAGGUACACAAUACUUACUGGGAAGCUCGAUUAUUUGUUUAUCACCUAAGGUUGAAAUGAAAAUAAAUAUAUUUCAAAAUAUUAUACUAUGUAAAUAAAGAAAAUAAAAUAAAAA